AUGUCGGAAUAUGAGGGAUCGGACCCUACGGCGCGUUCAGCUCCCAAAAACGAGCUGCCUGGGCCAAAAUUGUCGAACGAGGUAUCGCAAGAAAUGCUACCCAGCCCACCGCGCCUCCUAAAAAAAGACUCUCUGUUGGACCCAGCAGUUCCAUUUACUACCAUAAUCCAACCGGGGACUACUAUACUUCCCACUCUAAAUACUCCGACCGGCAUCACACCAUCGUCCGUGGCCAGAAUCACGACUACUAGCACGCCGGCAAUACCGCAGCCCACAUUCCCCGCGCCUUCCCAGACGCCGCCGAACACCCUAUUGAUUAUAGUGAUAUCUUUCGGGGGCGCAAUGGGGCUAAUCUUCUCGCUUUGCCUUGGCUUCGCGUGCUAUCGAUCAUGGCAGCGUCGCAGACGGCAGAAUGCAGGCGAGCAAGCGAAUGCCAGCCCCGAAGCUGGCCAAAACGCGCCCGCCCAGCCGGAGAGUAAACAGCAGGGUAGCAAUUCGCUCGAGGCGAACGAGAAUGGUGUUAGCCCUUUUAGAUCGCCUUCAAACCAUUCGACGCCGAGGGCAACUGGGGGGCAACACACGGGGGCUUCGCUGGGGACGUCUUCGGGCUCUACGAUGCACGCUGGGACAUCGGGGCGGACAUAG